AGAUAAAACCUGAAUUUAGAAAUGAAAAGUUUAUUACUGCUUGUUUUUAGGGAACAGUAGUGAAUUUUGUUAAAUUUAAUUGUAUUUAAAUGCUUGGUUUAUCGUUUUUGGGGAGAUACACCAUUUAAACGUAAAUGUAUUUUGAGUGGUUCCAGACAGAAUGUCUGACGAUGCGGAGCAGCAGGCCGAGGAGAUAGAAGUGUUGAAGUCUAUUUACGACGGCGACGAGAACUUUAAGCAAGUCAAUCCUAAAACAUAUCAGUAUAAGUACAUUGAUGGUGAGAAGUCAUUUAUAUUAGAAAUAUCAUGGGGAGACUCAUACCCCACAGAGAAGCCUAACUUUAAUCUGGAAAUCUUUUAUAAUCAACACUUAUUACCAACAGUGAAGGACAAAAUCCUGUCAAUAGUAAAGGAGGAAGCGGAGCAAUGGCUGGGCUGCGCCAUGACCUACACCUUGUUCGAGUGUCUGAAGGAGCGGGCGGGGGAGAUCCUGUCCGAGCAGUCGGAGGAGGCGAUAGUGGCCAGGGUCGAGAAGUUAGUUAUUGAGGACCAAGAGUCGGAGUCGAAGCAGGUGGAGAAGAAGGAGCAGCUGACGAAGGCGCAGAAGCGGCGCGCGUGGGACCGCGCCGAGAUGGGCCGCGCGGGGGAGAGGCCGCGGGGCUGGGACUGGGUCGACAUCGUCAAACACCUCUCGCACGUCCCGCACACACCUACCGCGUAACACACACCUUAGGGACUGGGUCGACACCGUCAAACACCUCUCGCACGUCCCGCACACACCUGCCGCGUAACACACACCUUAGGGACUGGGUCGACAUCGUCAAACACCUCUCGCACGUCCCGCACACACCUACCGCGUAACACACACCUUAGGGACUGGGUCGACAUCGUCAAACACCUCUCGCACGUCCCGCACACACCUACCGCGUAACACACACCUUAGGGACUGGGUCGACAUCGUCAAACACCUCUCGCACGUCCCGCACACACCUACCGCGUAACACACACCUUAGGGACUGGGUCGACAUCGUCAAACACCUCUCGCACGUCCCGCACACACCUACCGCGUAACACACACCUUAGGGACUGGGUCGACAUCGUCAAACACCUCUCGCACGUCCCGCACACACCUACCGCGUAACACACACCUUAGGGACUGGGUCGACACCGUCAAACACCUCUCGCACGUCCCGCACACACCUACCGCGUAACACACAC